AUGCAGAUUCCCCUCAUCCAGCUCCAAUGCGGGGCCAACUCCUACGACUGGGGUAAGCAGGGCCGCUCCUCUUUGGCUGCCCGCUUCGCGGCCGCCACAGCCGCAGACUUCACCAUCCAAGACGACACGCCGUAUGCCGAGCUCUGGAUGGGUACACACCCCUCCAACCCCUCCAAAGACGUUCUAACCGGCCGCACGCUUCUGGACCUUGUCCAAGACAACCAAGCCCUACUCUCGACGCCUAUCGUCGCCCGCUAUGGCGCCAAGUUGCCCUUCUUGUUCAAGGUGCUGUCUAUCAACAAGGCAUUGUCGAUCCAGGCGCACCCAAACAAGAAGCUUGCGGAAGAGCUGCACGCGCGGGAUCCAAAGAACUACCCGGAUGAUAACCACAAACCGGAAAUGGCCAUCGCCUUGACAAACUUUGAGGGGCUGUGUGGAUUCCGGCCGUUGGGGGAGAUUGUGGCGUUUUUGGAGGCGCUAGAGCCCUUGCGGGAGCUUGUGGGGGAGGAGAAGGUGAGAGAGUUUGUUGAGACCAUCAAGAGCACAGAAGGGGAUGAGUCUGAGGAGGCGGUAAAGAAGAAUAAGGCUGCUUUGAGGGCCAUAUUCUCGUCGUUGAUGUCUUCUCCCGAAGAGAAGAUGAAGCAAGCGGCCGAUAAACUUGUCGUCCUCGCAACAGAGACCUCCUUCUCUGGUCUUGGGCUUCCAGACAGCCAGGAACACCCCCCCUCAUUGUUCGCAAACCUAGUCCUUAAACUCCAUACCCAAUUCGGCCCUGAUUAUGGAUUAUUUGUUCUCUUCUUCCUCAACUACGUCACCCUCUCUCCCGGCGAAGCAAUCUUCCUCCGCGCCGACGACAUUCACGCCUACCUGUCAGGCGACAUCGUCGAGUGCAUGGCCAACAGCGACAACGUCGUGCGGGCCGGCCUAACCCCCAAGUUUAAAGACGUUGACACGCUCGUCAACAUGCUCACGUAUGAUUAUGCGCCCAUCGAGCAACAAAAAAUGCAACCCACUGAAUACGCAUACGCAACGCUCAACCGGGCGGGGUACUCCUUCGGCUCGGAGAUCAUGUUGUACGACCCGCCUAUCGAAGAGUUUUCUGUCGUAAGGACGGUGUUGAGGGGCCCAGGCGCAAAGGCGACGUUUGAUCCAUUGGAGGGGCCGAGUAUUGUAAUUUGUGUAAAGGGGGAGGGGUAUAUCUCCGUGGGGCCGAAGAGGAUGGAGUUGAAGGAAGGGCAGGUGUUUUUUGUGGGGGCGACGGCGGAGUGUGUGUUGCAGACGGGAGAGGGGAUUGACGGGGAGGAGGAGUUUGUGACGUUUAAGGCUUUUUGUGAGGUUGAGGAUGUUGAGGUUAAUAGGGAUGCUUAG